UUUUAUUACAUUUCCGGUUCAUAGAGGAAGACCCGGAAGUAGUCAUUCUGUGCGCAUGCCGCUCUGUUGAAAUAUUGUUGUAUUUUAAAACGUUUCCCCCUACUAAGUACUUUUUCGUUCGGUUCGGUUAAUCGAGUUAAGUGAAAGCGAAGAAAGGUCUCUACAAGAUGGAGGCUGAUCUUUAUGAUGAGUUUGGAAACUACAUCGGUCCAGAGCUGGACUCUGAUGAUGAUGAAGAUGAUCUUGAAGCAGAGGACAGAGAUAUUGAUGAGGGUGAUGACGACGAUGAAGAUGAACCUGCUGAUGCUGAUGAUGAUGCCCCAGGCAUGGAGGUGGUUCUGCAUGAGGAUAAGAAGUAUUAUCCGACAGCGGAGGAGGUUUAUGGACCAGAAGUAGAAACUAUUGUCCAGGAGGAGGACACCCAACCUCUAACUGAGCCCAUCAUCAAACCUGUAAAGAGCCGACGGUUUACUUUAAUGGAACAAGAAUUGCCUGCUACAGUUUACGAUAUGGAAUUCCUGGCAGAUUUGAUGGAUGGUCCAGAGUUGAUUCGUAACGUCACUCUCUGUGGUCACCUUCACCACGGCAAGACCUGUUUUGUUGACUGCCUAAUUGAACAGACACACCCAGAAAUCAGGAAGAGAGACGAUGUGGAUCUCCGAUACACAGACAUCCUCUUCACAGAACAGGAGAGAGGAGUUGGUAUCAAAAGUACUCCAGUCACAAUGGUUCUGCCAGACUCCAGGGGCAAAUCGUAUCUCUUCAACAUCAUGGAUACACCAGGUCAUGUGAACUUCUCAGAUGAGGUCACGUCCAGUAUCCGGAUCUCAGAUGGCAUUGUCCUCUUCAUAGAUGCUGCAGAAGGAGUAAUGCUAAACACUGAGCGACUCAUCAAACAUGCAGUUCAGGAGCGAAUGGCCAUCACCAUCUGCAUCAACAAGGUGGACCGGCUCAUUGUGGAGCUCAAACUGCCUCCGACAGAUGCAUAUUAUAAACUGCGCCACAUCGUCGAUGAGGUCAAUGGUUUGCUCAGCACUUAUACUACAGAUGAGAACUUGGUCGUGUCUCCACUGCUCGGAAAUGUGUGCUUUGCCAGCUCCCAGUACAGUAUCUGCUUCACUCUCGGCUCCUUUGCAAAGAUUUACUCUGACACUUACGGUGACAUUAACUAUAAUGAGUUUGCCAAGAGGCUGUGGGGAGACAUUUACUUCAACCCCAAAACACGGAAGUUCACAAAGAAAGCUCCCAGCAGCAACUCUCAGCGCAGUUUUGUCGAGUUUGUUCUGGAGCCUCUCUACAAGAUCCUGUCACAGGUGGUUGGAGAUGUGGACACGUCUCUUCCUCGAGUUCUGGAUGAGUUAGGUAUUCACCUGACUAAAGAGGAGCUGAAGCUGAACAUCAGACCGUUGUUGAGGCUGGUCUGCAAUCGUUUCUUUGGGGAAUUCACUGGCUUUGCUGACAUGUGCGUUCAGCACAUACCAUCCCCACAAGGUGGCGCCAGGGCCAAGAUAGAGCACACCUACACAGGAGGUCUGGACUCAGAUCUGGGGGAUGCCAUGGCAGAGUGUGACCCUGAAGGCCCCCUGAUGUGCCACACCACUAAGAUGUACAGCACUGAAGAUGGGGUUCAGUUCCACGCCUUUGGCAGAGUGUUGAGUGGCACCAUUCAGGCAGGUCAGCCGGUCAAAGUGUUAGGAGAAAACUACACUCUGGAAGAUGAGGAGGAUUCUCAGGUCUGCACCGUUGGACGUCUGUGGAUUUCUGUUGCCAGAUAUCAGAUUGAAGUGAAUCGAGUCCCUGCCGGCAACUGGGUCCUGAUCGAAGGCUGCGAUCAACCCAUCGUCAAAACAGCCACAAUCACAGAACCCAGAGGCAACGAAGAGGCCCAGAUUUUCCGGCCUCUGAAGUUCAACACCGCGUCAGUUAUCAAGAUCGCAGUGGAACCUGUCAACCCGUCAGAGCUUCCUAAAAUGCUUGACGGACUGAGGAAGGUCAACAAGAGCUAUCCAUCCUUAACCACAAAGGUGGAAGAAUCUGGGGAGCAUGUUAUCUUGGGCACAGGAGAGCUUUACCUGGACUGUGUCAUGCACGACCUGCGGAAGAUGUACUCUGAAAUCGACAUUAAAGUUGCCGACCCAGUUGUGACUUUCUGUGAAACAGUAGUUGAAACAUCGUCCCUCAAGUGCUUUGCUGAAACGCCAAACAAAAAGAAUAAAAUCACCAUGAUCGCCGAGCCCCUGGAGAAGGGUCUGGCCGAGGACAUAGAGAACGAAGUGGUGCAGAUCACAUGGAACAGGAAGAAGCUGGGAGAGUUCUUUCAGACAAAGUACGACUGGGAUCUGUUGGCCGCCAGGUCAAUCUGGGCCUUUGGACCAGACACAACAGGACCCAACAUUCUGGUAGAUGACACUCUGCCUUCUGAGGUUGAUAAAGCUCUGCUGGGCUCGGUCAAAGACAGCAUCGUCCAGGGUUUCCAGUGGGGAACCAGGGAGGGACCUCUGUGUGAUGAGCCCAUCAGGAAUGUCAAGUUUAAGAUCCUGGACGCUGUCAUAGCUCAGGAGCCUCUCCACAGAGGAGGGGGCCAGGUCAUCCCCACAGCCAGGAGAGUGGUCUACUCUGCUUUCCUCAUGGCCACACCAAGGUUGAUGGAGCCGUAUUAUUUUGUGGAGGUUCAGGCUCCAGCAGAUUGUGUCUCUGCUGUGUACACCGUGUUGGCAAGAAGAAGAGGUCACGUGACCCAGGACGCCCCCAUUCCAGGCUCCCCCCUCUACACCAUCAAAGCUUUCAUCCCAGCCAUCGACUCAUUCGGCUUCGAGACGGACCUUCGCACCCACACACAAGGGCAGGCCUUCGCCCUGUCUGUGUUCCACCACUGGCAGAUUGUACCUGGUGACCCUCUGGACAAGAGUAUUGUGAUCAGACCUCUGGAGCCUCAGCCUGCCCCACACCUGGCCAGAGAGUUCAUGAUCAAGACCCGGAGACGCAAGGGCUUGAGUGAGGACGUGAGCAUCAGCAAGUUCUUCGACGAUCCUAUGUUGUUGGAGUUGGCCAAACAGGAUGUGGUGCUGAACUACCCAAUGUGAGACUACAGUACGGACAACAAACCAGAGGACACCUUCAUUAAUCAACACAGUGCAGACAACCUUUUUAAACAUCGGUGAACUUUGCCAUUAUGGUUUCCUGGUGGGUUUGCUUCUUUCUUUAGAGCCAUCAUGUUUAAAAAGUUUGUUAAAACACAUUGUGCUCUUAUUUUACUUAAUGUGCUUGUAUAAAUGAUUUUCUAGAAUAAGAUAACAUGAUGCUUUUAAAAAACAAUUGGCUGGAAGUGAUCUGUUGUAAGUUUAAAUAAAAAACAUUUUUUCAAUUUUUUCCAAA